CGGCCCGCUGACUGACAGCUCGCGCGAGCCGGCGCCUCAGAAGCACCCGGCUCUCCCGCCAGCUCUGUGGCCUCACCGCGGACCCUACCCGGUGCCCGCUCGCUCCUCGGUCCGCCAACCGGUCGGCGCCCAUCGCGGUGAGAGGGGCCCCGCCGGCGCCCGAGGGGGAAAGGCAGGUUCCCGGGUCUCCGGGCAGCGCGAGGGCUCUCCGAGAGGCGACAGCUGGAGCGCUGGAGGCGACAGCCCGGGCUUCUCCGGGGACCAGCGGGUGAGGGGAGAUGCCUUAGGGCCACGUGAGCUGCCCCAGCGGACUCAUUCCUGAUGGCCAACCACUGCCAAGCAACUCGCAUGUAAUUGGCGGGCUCCCACUGACACUCCUGGGAAUCCACUCCGCCAGCCCCCGCCUGGCGUCCUUCUCAGCAGCCCACCCAAGCCAUGGAGGCCCCGGAGGUCCCUGUGGGCUCGCUGAUUGACUUCGAAACCGAGCCAUCCGCCUCCUCGCCCCUGGAGGGGCUGCCGCCAAAGCUGCAGGAUGGGGACAGCUCCCAGGGUGACGGUGCAUCGGAGAGUGAGACCACAGAGUCGGCGGACAGCGAGAACGACAUGGGCGAGUCGCCCUCACACCCGUCCUGGGACCAGUACCGCCGUUCCUCCUCCAACGAGUCCUUCUCUUCCAACCAGAGCACCGAGUCAGCCAAGGAUGAGGAGGCCCUGGAGCUCAGGGGGUUCAUGCGCAGCUACGUGGAGAAGAUCUUCUCCGGAGGGGAGGACUUGGACCAGGAGGAGAAAGCCAAGUUUGGAGAGUACUGCAGCAGUGAAAGUGGGAAAGGCCGGGAGUGGUUUGCUCGAUACGUGAGCGCCCAGCGCUGCAAUUCCAAGUGUGUCUCCGAGCCGACCUUCUACCGCCUGGUGCAGUCUUUUGCUGUGGUCCUGUUCGAGUGUCAUCAGAUGGACGACUUUGGACCUGCCAAGAACCUCAUGACCAUGUGCUUCACUUACUACCACAUUGGUAAACCGCACCUGUUCCCCUCAGAAUCGAAGGAGAAGCCCGCAGGGAGCAUCGACUCCUACUUGAAGUCCGCCAACAGCUGGUUAGCCGAGAAGAAGGACAUUGCUGAGCGGCUGCUGAAGAACACGUCGGCCAAGACAGAGAAUGUCAAGGGCUUCUUCGGGGGGCUGGAGACCAAGCUCAAGGGACCUCUGGUCAGGAAAAAUGAGGAGGAUGAGAGCAAGCCCAAGGACAAGCAGCAGAAGACAGUGACUGUGUGCAGCCCAGAAGAGGAAAGGAAGGGAGAAAAGAUCUACCUGUACACGCACCUGAAUCAGCAGCCCAUCUGGCAUACGCUGAGGUUCUGGAAUGCGGCCUUUUUCGAUGCUGUCCACUGUGAGAGGAGAAAGCGGUCCCCCACCACCAGAGUGGAUGCUGGAGAGGAGGAGAAGAAGAGGGAGAAGUGGUGCCACAUGACCCAGGAGGAGCGUGAUGACAGCCUGCGGUUCAACGAAAACAUCACCUUCGGGCAACUGGGCACGUUCACUCACAACAUGCUGGCGUUUGGUCUGAACAAGAAGCUGUGCAAUGACUUCCUGAAAAAGCAGGCCGUGAUUGGCAACCUGGACGAAGAGCAAUACAAGCUGCUGAGUGACCACAUUGAACAGAUGGCCACUGAGUAGGCCGCCGGGGGGCGCCCAAGGCACCCCUUAGGAAUAUUGAGGGUGCGCGCCACUCUUCUGGGCCGGCGCCUGGCUGUCACCCCGCCCGAUGACCCUGCAUGACAUCGGCAGCACCUAGAGCCUCUCCAUGCUGCCCAAGAACUAGCAGUUAAAAGACUCCGGUUGCCCAUUCUCCCCGCCUCCUCCCUGCCUGUGUCUGCUCCCCUAUCCACGUGCCAAAGUGUCCCUGGGAUUACAAGAUGACUGUUCAUAUCCCCAAGUGUCAGGCUGUGACAUAGGACUGAGGGAGGAGGAAGAAGAAGGCUAGGGCCAGGGUGGGCACAGGGCAGGGUCUGCCUGCAGCCUCCUGCAGGAGAGGGUGGGGUGCUUGUGGGACUGUAGCUAAGGACACACACCAAUGACACGGGGCAGUCAUGGGUGAUGACUUAGAGCCUUUUGCUUCAGGCUUGGGACGGGGCAGACCCCCACCAUCGGGGUCCUUGCUGAGCGGCUGUGUGCAGAGGGAGCAGUGGGCCUUCUCAGUGUUGGUCCAUGACUGGGACUGGCUUUUUCCUGGCUCCCCCCUCCAUGUGACAGGAACUAGAUAGAGUCACAGGAACGCUGAGGAGGAGAGAGAUGCCUCCUCUUUUAGGGAGGGAGAGAGACUGGCACCGAGGGCAUUCCUUCCUGUUGGCAGAAGGCCUGGCCACAGGGUGUGGAGUGCCCUGGAGAUAUCACUGUAUCAGAGUUACACCAGCAUGGAGGUGUCCGUGUCAGACCGCCUGAAAUGUUCCUAAUCAGCUGACAGCUUCCUUCUGAAGCAGAAAAAGUCCCACCUCUCACUCCCUGGGAGUAACGUCGGGCUGUCUGCCCCAGGAAGCAGCACAGAAAAGAAAAGCUUCUUCAGUAGCUGCAAGACAACCACCCUUUCUAAAAGCAAACAGUGCUUCUCUUUAUUUCAAAGAAGACAGAAAAAUCCGUGUCGGUGUUACAGACGGCUGGGCCCAGGUGGCUUCUCGUGGCGGUUGUACUUGGCUCUUUAGUGGAGUGACUUCAGAGUACUGGACCCUCCACCCCCUGGAAGCUUCAGGAAGGUGGCUUUACCUUCCGCAGCCCAUGCCCUUUGAGCUCUUCCCUGCAGACUCUGCACCUACCCCCUCCUCUCACUUCCGGUGCCUGGGAAGCCUGGCUCUUCUCCCUGGGUUUGUACCAGGCACGGCAGACCCGCCUGAGGGCAUUGAUGUCUGAGCCCCUCAAGCAUCCAGCAUGCUGGCUCCUCUGGUGGGAAUAUUUCGGCCUGGUUUCCUCUGCCUCCUGCCCAUCGCCUUUGGGCACUGACCUUGAAAUUGGCCUGUGGGGCUCUCUCAGUUCUCCCUUCACUCGCCCAUCCUGUUUUCCCUACUACCUCCUCCGACUCACAAUCGCAUUACAUUACUGUUUCUCCUUGAGCGUAGCGAAUACAUACCUGGUAGUCAUUUACCCAGCCAGUGCUCGGAAGGGUUCCCUGCUGGAAUGCCUCCCUGGAGUGUUCCAGAGAAGAGCAGGUGUUGGUUGAGCCGUGGAAUGCACAUCUGGGUAAUCAUAAGAGAGGCGCCGUGAAACGUGGUGCCGUCUGAGUGUGUGGUGUGAGCUGUUGCCGGCCCAAAGAGCUGGGGAGGGGCCUGCAGAAACCCGGCUUGUUUUUUGAUGGCUGUGUGUGUGUGUGUGUGUGUGUGUGUGUGUGUGUGUGUGAGAGAGAGACGUCAGCCUUUUUGGUGAUGUCACUAUAAACGGAGCACAACUGUGUUGCCAAUUUGCUUACUGCAUGCCAGGGCCGGUCACACAGGCUGGAUAGUGUGCCCCCAACCCCACUGUUGGGCCCCAAAGAUGGUGCAUGUCUCUCCUGAAUGCAAAUUGAUGGGUCUGUGGCCACGCCCCCCUCCCAUGCCUCCUUCAGAUAAUGCAUCUUUAAGUGUUCAACCAUGACCCCUGGAUGUGCCGUGCUCGCUUUCCCCCUCUGUGACACCGGGGCCACACCGAGCAGCUUGUUCAAGGCCCUUCCUCGCGGGGCUCCCGUACAGCCCCUCCGUUGAGCUUGCUCUCGUUGGCUUUCGUCGUCAUUUCUUAGUAGCUAGUUGAAAUGCGUUAAGACUUCAAGGUGCCCAAAAGAUUUCUCCUUGCAUAUAUAAGAUUUUUUUGUGUGUAGAAGUUUUGAUUCAGUCUGAUUUCCAGAGGAAGAAAAGUGGGUUUGGAGACUUCCCAGGGGUGCUGGUGGGCAGGGGCAGGGGCACACAGGCUUUGGAAGGAAGCACACCUUCCACUUCUUUGGGCUUUUUCAAGCACUUUAACUUCACAAAUGAUCUGGAGACCCUUUUUUAAAAUUUUUUUUUUAUAUAUAUAUAGGCCUCUUGAGAUAGCAGUUGAAGGUGGAAGCAAGGGUUGCUUUGUUUUUUCCCCUCUCGCUCCUUGUUCUCAUACAUCCAGCUCCUCAGAGUGGAGUAAGUCUGACCCCCAGAGGCGCUGGCUGUUGUGUUCAGCUCCACAAGGGGACAGUGGAGAGUCAGUGGGCCCGCCUAGGUGUGACCAGUGCCUGGGCGGAUCGCAGGCUGCCCUGUCUCCUGUUGGCAUCUGCCUUGGGCUAAGCAUUUCACCUUAGCGUGCCUCUGGCCAGUGUCACCUGGAGGAACGCAGCGUCCCUGGAAGGGGGCUGGCAGCUGGCCUCACUGACAUUCCCUCUCUCCUCCCUGGGACAUUGUUUCUUCCCUCCGGGGCCUGGCCAGAGCAAACACAGGACACGCUCUCAGAGGUGCCAGCAUGUGGAGCAGCUGUGUGACCCCAGGGCACACACAGGACGCUUUGGUAGCUCUGGUAGCCCUUCCUAUGAACUCAGGAACCUUACACUCAGUGCGGGAAGCAUCAGAUCGUGUCCAAGAAGAGAGUUUCCAGUCCCAGCAGGUGGAGGGUCCCAAGCCGGGAGCUUUGAAGGCCUGUCAGUAGCAGUGUCACUUCAGAUGUUCUGCUUUCAGUCCCUCAGGGCGAUGUGAACCAUAAUGAGCCCAAAGACUGCUAACUCUCUCAAGUCCAGAGUUCCCCGCUCAGAAAACAGGAUGAGGCGGAGACACGGCCUGGUGUGUUUUUAGCCUUCGUUAUCAUUUUAGCAAUAUUGAUGGAUGGACGAGGGGCCGUGUUGAUACUCAGAUAGCACCUGCUGUGUGUGCAUGAAUGUGUGUGCGUGGAACCACAGGCCGGAGAGCCAGCGUGUGAUAUUGUAAGCUAUUUGUACAGUGAAAUGGAGUAGACUUUGAUUUUCCUAUUGCCAAAAGACCAAAACAAAAAAAAGUGGGCUAAGGAGCUCUAAAACGACCAAAAGGAGGACUAGAAAGAGUCCACUUCCUGAAUUUUGUACUCAAAUGAGAACCAGGGGUGUUCAGGUUAACCCAGCGAUUCGACGGUGAGUUUAGGGCAGAAGCCAGGGUGAGACUCAGGGGCACCGCCCCAGAAUCCUGUUCUCACCUCUCCACACUCAGUGAGACAGUGGGGUUCACUGUCGUGGGGAGAAGGCAACAGCUUAGGGUAUGCUCUUCCGGGACCAUUUUAUGCGGAUUAAUUUAUCACCCGGGACCCCUGGUAUUUCAGUCUCCUGAUGUGAAAGGUACAGUGUUCCCUCCACAGAGGAGUUUGUAAGAGGUUUCGUCUAAUCCGGAUGACUGUACCCGGAAGUCAGGGCCGCAAACUGCAGGCCUGGGUGGGACAGCACCCUAACCUUUGGCAUUUGAAUUGGGGAGGCUCCAGCUAGACCCGUGGUUCGGUCAGCUUGAUUACCAAUUCCCUAAAACUUCAGACACCUGUGCUCAGCCCUUUGCCCACAAUGAUAGGGACUUGGGAAGGCAGGAGUGCUCGAGGCCCAGCCCCGGCCUCUGGAGAGGGGAGCAGUGAGCCCCUCCCGCCGCGCCCAUCCCAGGGGUUUCAGGCUAGGCUGUUCUCUCAUCUUCCUCAACUGUAGACGAAGCUGCUGGGUGGGGGUCCCUACAUUCCCUCAGCUCUGAGGGUUAUUCUCGCUGCCCCCCACUCCUGCCACCACCCAGCUUUUUAGUUUUUCUUAACCAUUGCUCUUAUGAUUCAGCUGUCUCACUCUGCUUUCCUAUAAAUCAGUUAUUCCUUUUUAUGAUUCUCAAGGAUGGGUUUUACUUGAAAAGCUUUCAGCCGAGUUGCACGGUAAAGGGAAGUCAUAUUGGCUAAAAGUGCCCCUAAUUGACUACUGGGCAGUGUUCAGACCCCACGCGGGAACAGGGGUUUACUCAGGCCACACAGCCAUACGUCCCAGCAUGUACAUCCUUGUUGCCACGUGGCCGGGAAUAGAAAUAUGUUGGUUCUCCAGAGAACAAAUGGAUGAAUCAUUUCCAGAUGGUUCACAUUUGGCGGAUACACUCAAUGCUAAGACCAAGGCAGGCUCACCAGGGCGGGGGGGGGGGCUCAUCCUGGGCCUGGUCUCCCUUGCCCUCCCUGGGCCCCUGUGUCUUGUACUCCUCAGGGGGGAUGGAAGGGACACCUCGCGGGGGGGGGGCAGCCUGCUUUGUUCUGUGCAUCUCCUGAUGUUAGCCUGUGUCCCCAAGUUGGCCAGUCUGUCUGAGCUCUGAGCAGGAAGACGAGUAGAGAGCUGGGGAGUGGAACCCCAGCCCUAGCUGGUCCCCAGGAUUCAAGUGGGGCAGUGCUCCCAGUCCCUGGGCCUUGGUUACUAUUGGAAAGAGGGAAACUCAUCAUUUCCAGGAGAGAAUCAGGAUGGCCUAGGUCUGCCCAUCUUCCCAUCACUUUCAUACACAGCUCCCUCCCACAGGACAUCUGUGCCAUGGGGGAGAACCCAGAUCCUGGCUUAACCUGCAGACUCCAGGCUUUGGCAAGGCAAAGUCAGACUGGGCCCCCCCCACCCCCUACACACACACCUGGAGCUCCCUGAGCCAUGUUUGCACUUUAACUAGACUCCUAACUGGCAAACCCCCUUUGACCUGUGGGUCAGUCCUGGCAUGGAGGGGGGGGGAACCUGUGUCUAUUCUCUCCUUGGCCCUGGGCACUGUGCUUCUAAAAAGAGAAAGAGGAUUGCUCACCAGGCACCGUCUGCACCCCAAGGCUCUGACACAGAUGGGGUCCUGAUCGCUUUCCUCUGCUGGCGACAGCGAGGUUCAGGUUCUCCUGCCCACAAGGUCGGGAGCAGGCCUGGGGCUAGCACUUCCGGUGGGCGCCUUCAGAAAGACAAGCCAAAUGUUUGAACACGAGGACAUCCAAACAGUAGACAUAGAUCCCCUUAAAAUAUGUAAAUGUGCUAGAACAUGGUCAGUCAGCUGCCUUUGUCAUAAACUGUGGCUUCUACUGGGGUACAUGUGUGCAUUCUGUUUUCCCUGUCACCCCAGUUUGUCUCAGACCUGAACUUGGCCUUGCCACAUGCAGACAUCACCUUUCGUAGCCCAAAAGUAGAGUUCAGUGGUGCAGGUCGUUUUUUGUGUCUCAGUUAUGCAAUUUUGUGUCCCACCUGGUGAUGUUCUGCAAACUAUAUUUUAAGGUUGAGAAAGUUUCAAGGUUGAGGAUCUCAGAACAGUGCUAAAUUCAUGCUGUUUCCUGUGAAGAAAAAAAAAUAUAUAUAUAUGUGUGUGUGUGUGUGUGUCUAUAUAUCGCACUUCAGGUUGUCAGAAGGUGGAAAACUGAAAUAAAUUAUCUUUAAA